AUGAUCUCUGGUUCUGGUGAUGACCAUCUAGGUCAACGAAUUGCUGAUGUGGUGGUGGAUAAGUUCCUAAAGCUCAAUUCGAAGGCAGGUAAACCUUCUGUGCGGUCAAAUGGGGUCAAAGAAUGGACGGUGUUAGCUUCAAUGGUGAUGAUUAAAGAUAAUGAGGUGAUACCUCUAUGUUUGACUACAGGUGUUAAAUCUUUACCUGAAAAGGUUCGAACAUACUCCCAAGGACUUAUGGUCCAUGAUAUGCAUGCAGAGAUACUAUGUAUACGAUCGUUUAAUAGAUUUUUGAUCGAGGAGUGUCUUAAAGAUGGCGAAAUGGUGGUGAGAACUGAUACGCAGAAGUUUAAAUUUAAGGAUGAUAUCAAAUUGGCUUUAUUCAUUAGCGAACCACCUUGUGGAGAUGCUUCUAUGAAUUACUUGAUACUGUCUAAACAAGAUAACACCCCAUGGAAAGAUGAAACCCCAGAAACAAAAAGAAGGAAAGUAAUCAGAGGUCGAAGUCAUUUUGAUAAAUUGGGUAUUGUUCGUACCAAACCAGGACGUCUGGAUUCUGUAGAGACUUUAAGUAAGUCAUGUUCUGAUAAACUAUGUAUCAAACAAUCGACAGGUUUAAACAAUUCUGUCACCAGUGAACUUUUCGAUCCCAUUUUCCUUGAUUAUUUGGUAUUAAGAUCAGAUAAAUUUCAUAGGGAUGAUUUAGCUCGAUGUUUCAAGGACAGGUUCGCCAUAAGCAUACAUGAUUUAGAAAUUCUAACAUAUGAAGAAGACAAUUAUCCAUUCCACAAGGCUGAAGGUACUGUUCCUUCCCCCAAUUCGUUAGUCUAUAUAGAUAAUUGUGAACCUACAAUUCAUGUUCUCAACAACGGUGUAAAGAUUGGUAGCUAUGUAAAAAACAAACCACCCAAGAAAGGAGGUGAAAGCAUCUUAUGUAAUCACCGGAUGAUCCAAGAUGCCUCCAAGUUACUUGAUCUCCAAACCUAUACGACAUAUAUAGAGUUUAAGAAUUCACAAGAAAGACGAAAAGUGAUAGAGAAAGCAAAGAACCAUUUGGAAAAUUGGGUAUGUACUGGUAUUGAUGAUUUUUCUAUAUAA